UAGGAGGCGGGGCCACUCGCUGAGCGGCAGCAGCUGGGCCGAAUCAGAGGACGAAGCCGUCCUCCCGGGCAGCGCUGGGGCCAGGGUGUGCCGAAGCCAAUGGGAGCGGAGUGGAGCUCAUGCCGCGCCGGGAGCAGCCUUGAGCAGUGCUUGGCUGCGCCCCUCCUGAGUGCUCGCUGGGAACGCAACGAUGAUCACAUUCAUGAACAACUCGGACAGCGAGGAGGAGCCCUGCAAUGAGAGAACAUCCCUGAUGUCUGCGGAGAGCCCUCCGGUGCCCUCCUACCAGGAUGGCCUGCAAGCCUCAGGAGCCGGGGAGCCGCAGGCACAUAGGAAGAGGCGAACAGGUAGCAGCCGUAGCCCUAACAACGUUGCUGAUGGGGAAAUGUCUGACUCGGGUGUUCCAGUGAGAGGAAGCGCCUUGGAAAACGAAGAGGAGGAACUGACUCUGAAAUAUGGAGCAAAGCAUGUAAUCAUGCUCUUUGUGCCUGUCACCCUUUGUAUGAUUGUUGUCGUCGCCACCAUAAAGUCAGUGCGCUUCUAUACGGAGAAAAACGGGCAGCUGAUCUACACCCCUUUCAGCGAGGAUACCCCAUCUGUGGGCCAGCGUCUCUUGAACUCAGUGUUGAACACCAUCAUCAUGAUCAGUGUCAUCGUCGUAAUGACUGUUUUUCUAGUUGUGCUCUAUAAAUAUCGCUGCUACAAGUUUAUCCAUGGCUGGCUGAUCUUGUCCUCUUUGAUGCUGCUCUUCCUCUUUACCUACAUAUAUCUCGGUGAAGUAUUGAAGACGUACAAUGUGGCCAUGGAUUACCCCACUCUGUUCUUAGUCAUCUGGAAUUUCGGAGCUGUUGGGAUGAUUUGCAUACACUGGAAAGGUCCCUUACAGCUUCAGCAAGCAUAUCUUAUUAUGAUCAGUGCUCUAAUGGCACUGGUUUUCAUUAAGUAUCUACCGGAGUGGUCAGCGUGGGUGAUUCUAGGUGCAAUCUCCAUCUAUGAUCUGAUGGCUGUUCUCUGUCCCAAGGGGCCACUGAGAAUGCUGGUAGAAACUGCACAGGAGAGAAAUGAGCCCAUUUUUCCUGCAUUAAUAUAUUCCUCUGCUAUGAUGUGGACAGUUGGAAUGGCAAAGCCAGACACAGCAGCAAGAGGACCAAGUCAGCAGACGUGGGAUGCAGCUGAGGAUGGGAGAGGCAACCAUGGGAGCUCUUCACAUGCAGACUCUCAGAUGUCGGAGACAAGGAGUCCUGUUCCAAACCGCCCCAUCACUUCUCUAGAGGAGCUGGAGGAGGAGGAAAGGGGUGUGAAGCUGGGCCUUGGAGACUUCAUAUUUUAUAGUGUGCUUGUUGGGAAAGCAGCGGCCACAGCGAGUGGAGACUGGAAUACCACGCUGGCCUGCUUUGUAGCCAUUCUCAUAGGUUUAUGCUUAACUCUCUUACUGCUGGCUGUUUUUAAGAAAGCACUGCCUGCUCUUCCCAUCUCCAUCACCUUUGGCUUGGUCUUCUACUUCUCGACAGACAACCUUGUGCGACCAUUCAUGGACACCCUGGCCUCCCACCAGCUGUAUAUUUAGAAGAGGUGGGAGUUAGAGGAUUCUUUUGAAAGCUUUACUGUGAAGUAUGGUUACACUGGAGUAAGUGCUGAAGUUUUACACUUAGUGCCAUAUAUUUGUAAGGAAAACACUAACUCUGUGACAUGAUGUGUACUAAAAAUGUAAUAUAUACAGGACUCUGGGACUCCAGGGAAAAUCCUGGCUCAUUGCUGAUGUCAGAGUGUUACUUUUAUGUGAUUUGAUGUGUACACUGGCUGUUGUGAGCACAGAAACCUGUAUGUAGCAUGGGACGCUUGAAGAAGGGUCUGAUUUGUGCUUCCAGAAGCUGAAGUGUUUUAUCCCUGGAAUUUCAAUCAAGCUUAACUGUAUUCUAGGGUUUUUAACACUUCUGAAGUGUUGUGCAAACACGCUGUGCAAGUGAAUUGUAAUCAGAGAAACAUAGCAGCCAACAUGCACAGAACAGAGCAGUGUGUUACACCUGCAGUAGGGAAGUGAGGCUGAGCUGCAUAACCUGUCUUCUGUGCACACAACUUCUGCAAUUGUCCCAAAUGCCUAUUUAUUCUGACCUUAGAUAUAGUGAGCCAUGAUGGAUUGAGGCAGGAAUGUUGGUGAUUGGGAUGUUUAAACGUAAGGCUUCUGAUGUUCUGAGCGCAUCCACCACCGCACCUAAUGGCUGAUGGAGGCAGGGCUGCCUGUUCCAGCACAUCAGAUCCUCAGUGUGGGAAUUCAGAUACUUUCUUCCUGUCUUCUCCCAGCAUUUUACCUUUUUGGAAGUCUUUUUCUGGCUCCAUACUACAAUCCUCAGAUUACCAUCAGGUGGAAAUUACUACAAAACUCCAGUAAAUCAGAUCUGUAACUUCUUGUGUGUAUUUCUAGUUUCAUUUCUGUGUGUGGCUGUAACUACUCCAAAGGAGGCUUUACCUUCCCUUUAUGAAGAGGUCCUCUUACAGGGGUUGACACUUGGGCUUACCUAGUUUUUGGUACUGUUUAAAGAUUAUUUUAUGUAUUACAAAUUUUAAACCAGUUAUUUACCCUGUCAUAACUUGUAUCAAAAGACAGAGGUGCAAACUGCAAUCUGCUUCUUACAUAAGGCAUCAUUAAUGCUAGGAAUAUUUACACACCCUUGAGUUCCUGUAAAAGAAAUCAGUACAAGAAUCACAGUGCUUGCUGCCAGUAUAAAAUACAGGUCUGACCAAACCUGGUGGUUUUCUCCACCUUUUAAAAUCAUCUGGUUUCUAUUCAGAGAGUCAGCUUUUUAAAACAGCCAAGUUCUGUGGGUUUUAGUCUUUUCUUUUUAGUCUAGUGUCGAUGAUGCAAAAGAAGUGCUGUUUUCUUUGACAGCUCAUCAGUGUCAGUGUUUCAGAAUGCAACAUGAUGCAAGGUUUUGUGACUAAUGCAGUGACAGAGAGAUGCAGUUUCAUCUCUCAUAAUGCUUUUUAGAUAAGGCUUUGAACUACACAUUUUUAAGGUAGUGUUUUUUCCAGUAGACUUGUUCAAGCUCAUCUAUUUUGGUAUUUACGAAGGACAUCAUGCGGGUGAUGCAAACACAUGAAAGGGUUUUCACAAGCUGUGUGUCUCUCAGUUUGCUCUUUGUUUAGUUUUCUGUCCUCAUUUCUCACAUUAGCAAUGUUUGGACUUAACAUCUGCAGAGUUAAUUAUUACUGAAAGGUAUUUCCUUUGGAAACAUAAAUCAGUAGAGCUCUGUCUGCUGAUUUUUAAGGUUUAUGUGAGCGUUGGGUUUUCUUCCUUUUCUUUUGGGGGUAUUUUUUAAAGCAGUUAUGGGGCCAAAUGAGAAUACUGCAAAGAUGAUACUACUUUUUGCAUUGCAUGGUGUAGAGAGGGUGUGAAUUAUUUAUAAGCACUGGAGGAAAAAUCCUGCUUGGCUUAACGGGGUUGUAGCAUAUUGUUAGAAACAACUGGUUUCUGUGAAAGCAGAGUUGAUAUUUGAAGGAAGCUGGAGGAAUACCUUCAAAUCUUGCAGGAUCACUGCUGGAGCUGGUGGGUUGCUGCAGAUCUGUGCUUGUCAAAGAUUGGCCUUCCACUGAGCAGUUCUGCAUAGUUUUGUUACUGUAAUGUAAAAGGAAACUGAGCAACAGAUUCUGUCAGUGCAACAAAAUGUAUUGUCCUGGUGAGUGACAGGAAUAUAUCAUGUACAUACUGGAGUAGUUUUAAUUGUGUAAAACUUCGUAUGUGCUUAUUAUAAAUACAUACAUAUUCUCUCUGUG